AUGGCCACUGAACUUGAGUUACCCCGGCACUUGCGCAGUCCCGGCGAAGAUGGAUAUCGAACGCCAACCAUCGAAGAUGCCGAGCGGGCGCUCUCGGUUCUCGGUGUAGAAGAGAGUUCCAGUGGUGGGGUGCUCGAGGCUCAUUCAUCUGCUCUGGAAGCCGUACUGCAGAGGGCCUCGUCUCGGGCAACCGAGAAUACGAAGCCGGACAAGGAAGCCGGUACAUGCCGAGGACAUAACGGGCUGGGCCUGUUUGGGCUCAAGCGUACGGUGUCUGGCGAGCUGAGCUGGAAAAAGCGUAUUCGACAUGUUACCUGGGCGUAUUUCACGCUGACGAUGGCCACGGGCGGAUUGGCUAAUGUCUUCUAUCAAGUUCCAUUUCGGUUCAGGGGUUUGGAUACGAUUGGAAUCGUCGUUUUUCUGAUAAAUAUUGCUCUAUACCUCAUUAUCUGGGCACUUCUGUUGGUUCGAUUCUAUUACUAUCCUUACACAUUCAAAGCAUCUUUCUUGCAUCCCACGGAAUCACUCUUCGUGCCCGCAUCUAUAGUAUCUUUCGGCACAAUCUUGAUCAACAUAUCGCAAUAUGGGCCUGAAAAUACCGGCCCGUGGCUGAUGCGGGCAGUCUGCAUUCUAUUCUGGAUCGAUGCCGCUCUCGCUGUGAUGUUCUCGGCGGGCAUCUACCUUCUUCUGUGGUCAACGCAGACAUUCACUAUUGCGCAGAUGACUCCAAUCUGGAUCUUCCCUGCGUAUCCGAUGCUCAUUAUUGGUCCCUAUGCUGGUAUUCUCAGUGCAAAACUAGAACCGUCACAGUCCCUGCCCGUUAUCAUUGGCGGCAUGACUAUCCAGGGAGUUGGAUUCUUGGUUUCGUUGAUGGUAUACUCGGCGUUCAUCUACAGGUUGAUGACGCAGAAACUGCCGAAGGAAAAUCUCCGUCCCGGUAUGUUCGUCUCAGUUGGACCUAGCGGCUUCACGGUCGCGGGGUUGGUGAACAUGGCUGCCGGAGCGAAGAGGUCAUUUCCGGCGGAUUUCAUGGGCAAUGGGCCGCUGGCUGCCGAGGUGUUGAACAUUGUCGCUGAUUUUUCGUGUCUUUGGCUAUGGGGGUUGGCAAUCUUCUUCUUUAUUAUCGCGAGUGCUGCCCACUGGUCGGCGAUUGGACAUGGGCGCAUGGACUUCUCGAUGACCUGGUUUUCGUUCAUUUUUCCUAACACUGCCUUGAUCACUGCUACUUUCGCUAUUGGUAAGGCGUUCUCUUGUAAGCCUAUUAAUAUUGUUGGGUGUGCGGCGAUUUUGCCACUGCUGUUGAUGUACUUUUUUGUGUGCUAUAUGAUGGUUCGGGCCAUUCUGAUUCGGCAGAUCUUGUGGCCUCAGAAGGGUGAGGACAGAGACGAGGGUGGAUUUGAGAUAAUUCGGGUAAAACCCACUGGGGCCGGGGCUCGCAACAGUCCUAGCCCUGUAUAG